AUGAAACACUCAAAUGGAAUGUACAUUGUCUUGGUUAAUACUAUUUUACUACUGGUAGUUGAAUUGGUGGCUCAUUAUAAAAGUAAUGCAGUUAGUAUUCUUGGGGAGGCAUUCCAUAUGAUGGGUGAUUUGAUGGCGGUUUUUUUGAAUGUUAGUUCUAAUUGGAUAUCAAGAAGAUAUCGUGGGGGUAAACAAUGUACUUUUGGUUUGGAAAGGUUGGAAGUACUUAGUGCGGCUUUGAGUUUAGUCUUUCUUUGGGUGCCUUGUGGAUCAUUGGUUUACAUCUCUUUUAAACGACUUUGGAAUCCGGAAGAGAUUAACCGGGAAAUCUUGUUGAGUACGGCUGGAUUUUCUUGUUUGGUUAAUCUAGUGAACUUUGGGGUAUCUUUUUGGAUGAACCGUAAGUCUAAUGAUAUGAAUGUGACUUCUUUAUACCUUCAUGCUUUGACUGAUUUAAUUCAGUCGGUAGGUAUGUGCUUGUCGGCUUUGGCCCUUUAUAUUAAUAAGUCUUGGCUGGUGGUUGAUUUGAUUUGUUCGAUUGUUGGGGCUGCUCUUUGUUUUGUUGGUUCGAUUAGACUGGUUAGGGAGAUAGUUAGAGUUUUAUUGGAAGUUUCACCGGUUGAGGUAGAUCGAGUGACUGAGGUUAUUUUAGGCGUGCCGGCAGUGGCUUCGGUUGAAGAUCUUAAGAUUUGGUCACUAAAUAGUCGGUCUAAACUACUGAUGAGCAAAAUAACCCUAUUUAAAGGGGAAAGAAAUGAUGAGACUUUAUUGGCUUGUAAAGAAGCACUUAAAAGAGCUUAUGGCUUUGCCUAUACUAAUAUAGAAAUUAUCCCAGGCUAA